AGAGACAGUGGCCUGGCCUGACCCACACGAGAGAGAAUAUUUCAAGGAAGGGAGGAGCUCGUGGGUUGUGUGUGCGGGCGCAUGUGUUUAUGUGUGCGAGUGCGAGACAGUGAGACUGGAGAUAGAGCUAAAGAGCGGCAGCCUUAGCUUUCUCUCUCCUCUCUCCCUCUCUCUCUCUCUCUCUCUCUCCUCCUCUCCUGCAGCUAAGCCUGAGGCCAGCCGGCUCCAUCUCCAUGGCCCAUGGGUAGCUACUAGCAUAUAUUGCAGCUCGGCCCUGCGCUCUCGCUCUCAUCAUCUUCUUCUCGUCUUCGAUCGAUUUCUCCCUGCCGAGCUGCACAUACACGGCUGCAAGAAAUUGAGAAAUUGAGAGAGAGAGAGAGAGAGAGAGAGAGAGGGCGGCUGAGAAUCAUCGUAUCGAUCAGAUCGAUAGCUAGCUGCCGCGCGCGGCCAUGGCUUUCCUGGUGGAGCGGUGCGGCGAGAUGGUGGUGUCCAUGGAGAGCUCGGCGCACGCCAAGCCGGUGCCGGCGCCGUUCCUGACCAAGACGUACCAGCUGGUGGACGACCCCUGCACCGACCACAUCGUGUCCUGGGGCGAGGACGACACCACCUUCGUGGUGUGGCGCCCGCCCGAGUUCGCCCGCGACCUCCUCCCAAACUACUUCAAGCACAACAACUUCUCCAGCUUCGUCAGGCAGCUCAACACCUAUGGAUUCAGGAAGAUCGUGGCAGAUCGGUGGGAGUUCGCCAACGAGUUCUUCAGGAAGGGAGCCAAGCACCUCCUCGCCGAGAUCCACCGGAGGAAGUCGGCGCAGCCGCUGCCGACGCCACUGCCACCGCACCAACCCUACCACCACCACCACCACCACAUCAACCCCUUCUCCCCGCCGCCCCCGCCUCCGACGCAGCCGGUGUACCACUUCCAAGAGGAGCCCGCCGCAGCGCACGGUGUCCACGGCGGCGGCAACAACAGUGACGGCAGCGGCGGCGGGGACUUCUUGGCGGCGCUGUCGGAGGACAACCGCCAGCUGCGGCGGCGCAACUCGCUGCUGCUGUCGGAGCUGGCGCACAUGAAGAAGCUCUACAACGACAUCAUCUACUUCCUGCAGAACCACGUGGCGCCGGUGACGAGCCCCUCGUCGGCGGCGCACGCGUCCCAGCUGCCCAGCGCCGGCGGCGCGGCGUCCUCCUGCAGGCUGAUGGAGCUGGACCCGGGCUCCCCCUCCCCGCCGCCACGGCCGGAGGCGGCGGACGCCGAUGACGGCGGCGGCACGGUGAAGCUGUUCGGCGUGGCGCUGCAGGGCAAGAAGAAGAAGCGGGCGCACAGGGAGGACGGCAACGAGGACCAUGAGCAGGGAAGCAGCGAGGUCUAGCCGCCGGCCGGCCGGCCGGCUUGCUCUCGUGUACAUAUAGAGAUCAGAUCAGAGAGGAGUAGUUGCAUCGCUAGCUCGCUAGCUAGGCUUUGGUAAUUUCGUUUGAGUGCGUACUGAGAUUAAUUUGCAAGGGAUGCAAGCUAAGUGUUGAAUAGUCUGAUGAGUAAAACUAACAAGCUAGGAUGCAUGCUUGGCGUGCAUGGAUGAAUCGAAGUCAAGUAGUUGCAGCGGCUUGCACCACCUGCUCGUGCAUGUUCUUUCUGUCCGUGCGUGGAGGAAUAUGGGAUUGACUGCUUUGCUGA